GAAAGCUCCCUGUCGUUUCUGCCAACAAACAGGCACUUACAGACACAGCACGGACUUCGCUGCAGGCCAAUUGACAUGCACCCACCACCACAACCAUCCCCUGUCCCCUCGCAUCCCUGUCCCCGCAUUCAAUGAGACCCUUCAACGUCAUUUUCUUUGCAGAUCCCAAACUCCCACCGCCGAGCCAACCGCAUGGCUCCGUGAUCCUCAAAAGAGAACGAAGAUAGAGAAAGAAAAGCGAUCGGAUCGGGUAAAGCAUUCCAGACCGCGAACCGGCGAUAUUUGGGAGCGCCUAAAUUGUUAAACUAAACCCCAGUCAGAAUGCCGCCUCCGUCAAAGCUCAGAGCAGACGUUGAGCCUCCGGACCAAGUCACGGAUGAAGGCAUCAAAGGGUUCUUGACCGGUGCAGUGCGGUUUGGCUCCCUCUCUAUCAUCGCCCAUUUAAUCCUCAUCCUUCCCCAUCCGAUGCAUUUCGCUGACCACACCCCCGCGCCUCCAUCGCCUUCGUCCGCCUCGUCUUCUCCAUUCCGUGGACGACGGCCCAUCAACCUCGCCUCCGUCUACCGCCCGCUCAUGUCCAUCUCCGAGUCAAUUGCCCCGAUAUCAAGAGUUUACCGCGGCCUGACGCCACAGUUCAAAGUCUUCCUGCAGAUCUCGGCGAUGACGUUUGGUGGGUGUAUCUGGGCGGAGAAGAGGGUGCAAGAGUACUUGGAGGUUAUGAGGAAAGUCAAGCGCGCGAAGAGGAGGGUGGAAACGGAGGAUGAUUGAAUUGAGUAGGAGUGUUUCACUCUUUCUCACUCAUUCCGAGAAGGGCCUUUUUACCCUCCUGGAUGGAGAUGGAUUGGUCAAUUCGAGGGGCACAUUUGGCAUUUUGGGGGUUUCAGAUCAUUGCUAGGAUAGGAUUACUUGGGACGGGAUUUUCUAACGGCUAUUCACCUCUCCUUUUGUUUAUUGUUAUUCCUUUGGAAUACGUGUACAUAUAACUACUUACCCCUCCGCACUGUCUAGGCGUUCGGGUUGUCGGGAUC